AUGCGACGCUCAUCGCGAAUUACGAGGCCAUCCGUCUCUACAUCAGAAAACGGUGGUGUUAAAAAGAAAUCACUUUACUUUUCGGAAAAUGAAGAGAUAAUACCCGCCAAACUUCGACGGACAGGAGUUAAGAAGAGGCCCGCAAAGGCUCAGAGCGACGCGUCAGAUGGCGACGUUGAAGAAUAUAUCGAAUCAGAUGUCGCGGAAGAGAAACAACCGGCUAAAAAGCGGAAAGUAGCAGCGCGAACCAGCAAGAAGAAUGAAAAUGCCAAUGCGCAGUUGUACGCGCGCAUAUUUGGGGAGGCGGAUACCGGUGCAAAUGGCUCUAGUUCCGUAACUACUCCGAAACUCCCGGCUCGCAUCCAUGGUUUAAAUUAUCAUCGUCCGUUACUCUUGGACAGUCGCGAUGGGCGCGGAGCUCUCCUCACCUGGUUCGACAGCGUGAGCACCCUGCGCAACAUGCCAUGGCGCAAAUCUUGGAUCGACCCCGAUACCGUGUCAGACGAAACGGUCCUUCGGAAAAUGCUAGAGCAGCGUGCGUACGAAGUUUGGAUCUCAGAGGUUAUGCUCCAACAGACGCGCGUCGCCGCCGUCGUGGAUUACUGGACCCGGUGGAUGGAUCGGUGGCCGACGAUCCAUGAUCUCGCAGCGGCACAACCCGACGAGGUCCUCUCUGCGUGGCGGGGGUUGGGGUAUUAUAGUCGCGCUACGCGGAUCCACGAAGCCGCGAAGAAGGUAUGUGGAGACCCUGAUAUGAAGGGUUUGUUGCCGAGGGAUGUGGGGGUGUUAGUGAAAAAUGUGCCCGGGGUGGGACGGUAUACGGCGGGCGCUAUUACGGCGAUUGUUUUUGGUGAGGCGAAGCCCAUGGUCGAUGGGAAUGUGCUGAGGGUUUUGAGUCGGCAGAUGGGUGUGCUUGGGGAUGUUAAGACGGAUAAGGGGGUGAUAGAUUUGUUGUGGGAAGUUGCGGGGCGGUUGGCUGAAGCUAUUGCCGGAGAUAGUGACAAAGGGAAAGGCAAUGGAGCCAAGGAGGAGGAGAAGUGGGGGCCUAGUGAUAGGCCGGGACGAUGGGGACAAGCACUGAUGGAGCUUGGAAGUACGGUAUGCAUACCGAAGCCUAAUUGCGCUACUUGUCCAAUUACUUCGAGUUGUCGUGCGUACGGCGAGGGUUUACAAUUAGCCAUGAAAAAGGGAUUGGUGCCUAAGUCUACAACUACGAGUACGAUAACGAAUGGCGCUACUGCGGAUAUCGAAGACGCUUGCACAAUUUGCAAGCCUUUCGAGGAAUACGCGGAUGAAGAUGGCUCUGAUAUAGAAAAUCAGGUUAACAUGGCCGAAACGACUAAAUCUAAGACUAAGUCACGGAUACAGACGACAUUGCAAUCAUUCGCAUUUACGCAGAAGACCUCUAAAUCUGAAAAGUCGGCAAGCUCUAAACCACUGCAACCAUCUACGCCAGCUUUAAGUAACGCCGCGAUCGAAGUCAUUACGAACCACGCAAGGAAAUUUCCCGUUAGAGCAGUCAAGAAAGCCGUCCGCGAAGAGGAAACCCUAGUCUGCGCUAUCAGACGCUACGAUGGGCGAUACCUACUUCAUCGACGGCCAGAGAAGGGACUCCUCGCUGGGCUGUGGGAACUACCGAGUUAUAUCUUAGAGGAUCCCCAAAAUAGUACAUUGAAAACAAGGAAAAAGGAUGCAGAGAAGUAUGUUGUGGGCGUGAUCGAUAAAGCGCGAUCAAAGGGGGUGAAGCAACUGAAGCAUGUCGGCGAGAUAGGAUGUGUGCCGUGGUUGUUCUCGCAUCUUAAGUUAACGAUGCAUGUGCAUCUGUUUGAGCUUGGUGGGGGCAUGAAUGACAAUGAGGUUGGCGUAGACGAAGGAAUGAAGAGUAGAUGGGCUGAUAUUGAUGCUAUUGAUGCGGAGUCAAUGGGUACUGGUAUGCGGAAGUGUUGGGCGGUUGUGAAGGAGGCGACUGGGGGAUGA